AUGAAGCUAAGGGACGACUCCUGCAAUUAUGUGGCAACACAACAGAAUGUGAAAGUGAAGACCUUAAUUCGCAUUGUGUUCCUGACCAAGAGUCACCUGGCAACAAUACUUGCCAAUGCAAACCUGAAUACGUUGAAGACACAGGCUCCUGCAGUAAAGGUUCCACCAGGAAGGAAAUGUAAUGCGACGAUAGAAUGCGUGAACAACGCCGUCUGCAGAGGCCAUGCUGGUGAAUUGCGAUGUUACUGCAACCCUGGAUUGGUGGAAGAAGCAAGACUCUGCAAGGUACCACCUGGAGAGGAAUGUAACAAAACGUAUACGUGCGUAAAGGGCGCUCACUGCGUGGGACCUCCUGGCAAUACAAAAUGCUUCUGCGAUACCAAUUUUGAACCAGAAGGAUCGUUCUGCAAGGUGUCUCUUGGAGGAGAAUGUGAUAUGGAUGAAGAAUGUGUGGAGAACGCAAUUUGCAAUGGGACUGCAGAAAAUCUACUCUGUGAAUGUGAUAGUGAAUUCGUAGAAGAAGGAAAAUACUGCAAGAAACCUGAAGGAGGACAUUGUGCGGAAACCGCCGAUUGCGUGAAUAACGCCCACUGCUCGAUGACUAAUGAUACCUGUGUCUGCAACGAUGGGUUUGCCCCUUCGGAUGGAUUCUGCAAGGUGGCAGCUGGACAGAAAUGUUCGGACACAGAAGAGUGCGUCCGUAACUCCACCUGCAUUGGAUCUCCUGACAAUCAAAUUUGUGAAUGCAAGGACGGGUUCAAGCAAGACCUUGGACAAUGCAGUGAGCAAACUUCCCUAGUAACCACUGGUUACGUGGAAUUAAGGUUUGUCCUUGAGCUUCGUUCAUAA